AUGGCCGAUAAUUUUGAUCCAUCGAAAAAUGACAUCGAUAAGCCAUCUCAGGGUUCGCAGCAGCAAAAGGAACUGCACAGAUCAAAUAGCAAUAGCCAGCGCAAUCGUCCUUCACAUCGUAGUUUAUGGAAACGUAUGAUAUCGAUUAAUUCAGGCGAACAAUCAAGUUUGUCUGACAGUCCACCAUUUUAUACUGAGCAGCCAAGAAACUCUUCCAAUCAAAACGCUCCGAAAUAUCCACCAUCAGCAUUCGGCUUUGUCGAUCAAGCGUCUAGAGGAUCAGCAUCUGGAACUAUUCAACCUGAAGUUCAUGUUAUCGAACAGAGACCAAGACCAUAUUGGGAAUCAGGAGAGAAUUCUUUUGAAGAUUGGAAUCAAGAGCAGCGCGAAGGUGUUGCGUACGCGACAGAUCAAGCACAUGCUUAUGCUCAGGAUCAAUAUUAUGCCAAUGAAAGCCGAUACGAACAGAAAGGAUUAUCAAAAAAAAUCGAUCGAUUUGUUCAACGCAUUCCUGCGUUAGGAGUAUUUUACAAACAACCACUAUCUCCGUCCAGUGGAGAAGACAUAUAUCAACAAUUCAAGUAUGAACAAACGGCAAGUUUGACGGAAGGUGGUCAUCAAUCAGCAGAAGAUAUCUCACCGGACGAUUCAUCUCUAAAUGAACGAUACUCAGAUGUAACACGACUAGAUUCGAUUAAUCUUCAACUUAAAGAUGAAACUCAGCCAGUCGACGUCUCUGUUCACCAUGGAACGAAUCGAAUCUAUCUGUGCGAUGUUGGUCGAAGUGUUGUAGAAAUCUACAAUAUGAACAAAACUUUUCAACGUGCCAUGAACAAUGCAACCAUGGUUAAGUUUCGACCUACAGCUAUUGCCGUCACUGCCGAUGGUACAGUAAUUGUGGCCAGUCAUUUUAGUCAUUGUCUUCAUAUGUAUUCACCCAAUGGUUCGCCAACAGAUUCCAACCCUCAAUCGUACAAACAAUUUAAAUUAGGCGCUGAAGGUACUCAGGCACAUCAGUUCUACCAACCAGCCGGUAUUGCUAUCGAUAGGAACGAUGGAUAUUUGUACGUCUGUGAUCGUGGUAAUCGGCGUAUACAAGUCUUCACACCUGAUGGCAUAUGUGAACGCAUUAUUGAAUUAUAUCUGAACACGAAAAAGAAGUGCCCAUUAGAUCCCAUUCGAAUCGCUACGCAAAACCAAUCUGAUCAACUUGUUUGUAUUGUCGGUUCUGGUGAUGCUGUAUGUUUCAUUCCAAAGCACUCGAAUGGACGGAUUUAUGUCGAUCCAUAUUUCAUUUUGGAUCGAAAUGGACUAGGCUUAGACAAUGCUGCUGGUCUAGCUGUUGACGGUCAAGAUCGUAUCUUUAUAUCUGAUACAAACCAUCAUCGUAUUGUUAUUUGUACGUCCGACGGUCAUUUUAUCACAAGUGUGGGUACCGAAGGUAGUGAAUUAGGUCGACUGAAACGUCCGUGUGGUUUAGAUGUGACCGAUGAUGGAACUAUCAUCGUUACUGACGCUGGGAAUAAACGUCUACAACUGUUUGGUCUCGUACGCGCAGAAUCGUCUAAUGAAAAAGCUUACGAUAGUAACAGCGCGGUGAUUAGUGCAGAUGAUUCUGCAAUAAUAUCACUUUAA